UGCCGCUUCCGGCACCCCGACAUCUCCGAGGUCACCAACCUGGGCGUGCGCAAGAACGAGUUCAUCUUCUGCCACGACUUCCAGAACAAGGAGUGCGUGCGCCUCAACUGCCGCUUCAUCCACGGCACCAAGGAGGACGAGGACUGCUACAAGAAGACGGGCGAGCUGCCGCCCCGCCUGCGGCAGAAGGUGGCCGCGGGGCUGGGCUUGUCGCCCGCCGACCUCCCCAACAGCAAGGAGGAGGUGCCGAUCUGCCGGGAUUUCCUCAAGGGCGACUGCCAGCGCGGCGCCAAGUGCAAAUUCCAGCACCUGCAGCGGGACUACGAGUACGAGGCGCGCGGCCGCGAGCAGGGCCGGCGCUACGAGCCCUACGACGGCCUCUACGACCCCGACGAGCCGCCGGUGCUGAAGCGGCGGCGGGCGGAGGGGCUCUACGAGAGCUACGAGUACGGCUUCGCCAGCCCGCGGGCCGUGGAGUACCGGCUGCUGGAGGAGGAGAACGUGCUGCUGAGGAAACGAGUGGAGGACCUCAAGAAGCAGGUGAACAACCUGCUGGCCACCAACGAGGUGCUGCUGGAGCAGAACGCGCAGUUCCGCAACCAGGGGCUGCUGGCGCAGGCCUGGCCGUUCCUGGGGCAGUUCCUGGAGAAGCUGCUGCGGGACUCGGUGGCUCCGUCCGUGCGCGCCCUGAGCCCGCACCUGCAGAGCUUCGCCUUCACCCGCGACUGA